AAUGGAGAGACUUUGUCUGCCUCUAUACUUUUGAAGCAAGGAUACUGUGCUGCUUGUUAACCAACUCUAAUACCAAAAUACAAUACAAGUUUCAGAAGAAAUUUAUGUGCAUUGUUUGGUCUCUCCAUUUACCAAGUAACUUUUUUCUAGUGCCCUUCAUCUUUUUCAAGAUUUCCACAUUUAUUGAUGAAGUAAAACUACUGUAACGGUAAUUUGACUGUCUAAAAGGGGAACCUUUGAAGAUCGGUGCUGUAACAUUUGUUGUUGUAUGGGUGAGAAAGAAUCUAGAGGAGCAUUUUACUUAUGAAUAGUAUGUUGAACCAUGGCUGAGGAGUAAAGCAACAAUCUCUAAAAUGAUAUUCUUACACUUAAAGUGUGGGCUUGUAGAAAAUUAAACACCUUUAUCUACUUUCAAGCCAAGCCAUAUAACCCCACUAAAUCAUCCAUUUUCAGCACUAAUACAUCCAUAUAAAUUAAUACUCUAUGGUCUCCUUUGAUUUAUGUAAAAUCUAGAAAUACAGAACGAAUACCAGAACCCCCUAAAUCAUGGUUAAGAUACUCUUCUUCUUGUUUCUUGUUUGGCUAAUGGGGGCUCUUGGAGCUGCAAAAAACAACUUUUUGGAUGAUGUCAUCCUGUCAGAGCUUGAUGAUUUGGAUGUAGAAGACAGUGACGAAGCAGAGUUGUUUGACCUCCCCAGAUGGGGAAUUGAUCGCGGCAACAAGAUUCUUGUCAAUGUUGAUAGCUUUGGUGCAGUUGGUGAUGGAACUUCAGAUGACACCAAGGCUUUCGUUGAUGCAUGGAAGCAAGCUUGUUCAACACCAAAAUCAGUCCUCUUGGUCCCUGCAGGACGAAGUUAUCUAGUAAAUGCAACAAGGUUCCGAGGGCCUUGUGUGGGCAUACUGAGAGUCCAGAUUGAAGGAACUAUAGUAGCACCAGAUGAUCCUAAGAACUGGAAUUUUGCAAAGAACGGACGAAUUUGGCUUGGCUUCUUUAACUUGACUGGAGCUCUGUUCCAAGGAGGAGGUGUUGUUGAUGGAUCAGGCAGCAAAUGGUGGGCAGCUUCAUGCAAGAAGAACAAGACUAAUCCAUGCGUAGCAGCACCAACUGCUUUAACUAUAUAUGGAAGCUCAGGUAUAAAGGUGAGGGACCUAACAAUCCAAAAUGGCCAACAGAUGAAUUUUGCCAUUUCUCGAUCAGACUCUAUAAGAAUAACUGGUGUUACGGUGUCUGCUCCUGAAGACAGUCCUAAUACUGAUGGAAUCCAUAUAACUGAAUCAACAAAUGUUGUACUCCAGAAUUCCAAAAUUGGAACAGGUGAUGAUUGUGUCUCUAUUGUCAAUGCUAGUUCUCAUAUCAAGAUGAAGAGAAUUUACUGUGGACCUGGCCAUGGAAUCAGCAUUGGGAGCCUUGGUAAGGACAACUCUGUUGGUAUAGUUACUGGGGUUGUACUUGAUAAUGCGUUUCUCAGAGGUACCACAAACGGUCUGCGGAUCAAGACAUGGCAGGGAGGAUCAGGUUAUGUGCGUGCAGUGCGCUUCCAAAAUGUAAGGAUGCAAGAUGUUUCCAAUCCUAUCAUCAUUGACCAAUUCUAUUGCGACUCACCGAAGUCCUGCCAGAAUCAGACAUCUGCAGUUGAGAUAAGUGAGAUAGUUUACCGGAAUGUUAGUGGUACUUCAAAGAGCCAAAAGGCAAUCAAAUUUGCAUGUAGCGACAACGUGCCCUGCAGCCAUAUUGUUCUUAACAACAUCAACUUAGAGACCAGAGAUGGUACUGCUGAGGUCUACUGCAACUCUGCCACAGGGAUUGGUUAUGGUUAUAUUCAUCCAUCAGCAGAGUGUCUCAACUCAUCUGACAAGAAAAUUAAGCAGAAAAUGGAUGCUCGACUUGUCGAACCAAGGGAAGAAUACAUCGUUCAUACUGAAUUAUGAAUCGCCAUCACUCAAACACAUAUUUUUAAUAUAAAUCUCGUAGUUUAGUUCUUACUGAUUUGAGUAAUCUCAGAUUCUGAGGUUCCUAACUAGGUAAGAUAACAGCUAAAUACUGUUAUACAGCGAUUCAUUAAAAAUAUUUAUAUGAGACAUAUUGUAUUAUUAUAUACAUUAUUUUCUUUCAUGUUAAGCUCAAUGUAAUACACAAAUUUAUCAAGACGGCCAUUUUCUCAUA